ACUUGGAAUCCGCUCCCCGCGCUGACGCUUUGACGGUAUCUGCAAGCGUUUGUGCUGAUCUUAUUCCUGCCAACCUCCCCCCCCCUCCCCACACCAUCCUCUCCCGAUAUUAAUUGCCCCCCGAAGCGGGUAAAACGAUGCAUCUCCCCAGUGACGGGACCUCCUAGAGGCAAGUGGGGGUUGGGGAGGAGGAGGAGGAGGAGGAAGAAGAAGAGAGAAGGAGGAGGAGGAGGAGGAGGAGGAGGAGGAGGAGGAGGAGGGGGAGCCAGCAUCUGAGCAUAAGCAUAAUCCUAAUAAUUCAGAAGGGGAGGGAUUCUUCGGCAGCCCCGGAGGAGGCAGGAGGCCAGGGGACCACAGAGAGAGGGAAGAAGGGAAAAAAAAAAUUAAAAAAAAAAAGCGAUGAGUUGGCCAGAUCUAUGGAGCCCGGGCCACUGGGCUCCCGUGUCUGCUCGGAAGAUGACGGCGUGGCCCUUGCUCCUGCUGGCGCUCUACGCCGGCCUCAGCAGCCAGAAAUCUGAUGAUGACUAUGAAGAUUAUGCUUCCAACAAAACAUGGGUCUUAACCCCCAAAGUUCCCGAGGGCGAUGUGACUGUCAUUUUAAACAACCUCUUAGAAGGAUAUGACAAUAAACUUCGUCCUGAUAUAGGAGUGAAACCAACAUUAAUUCACACAGAUAUGUAUGUGAAUAGCAUUGGUCCAGUGAAUGCUAUCAAUAUGGAAUAUACGAUUGAUAUAUUUUUUGCCCAAACAUGGUACGACAGACGCCUUAAAUUUAACAGCACCAUUAAAGUCCUCCGAUUGAAUAGUAACAUGGUGGGAAAAAUCUGGAUUCCAGACACUUUCUUCAGAAAUUCCAAAAAGGCUGAUGCUCACUGGAUCACUACCCCCAACAGGAUGCUGAGAAUUUGGAAUGAUGGCCGAGUUCUCUACACUCUAAGGUUGACAAUUGAUGCUGAGUGCCAGUUACAGUUGCACAAUUUUCCAAUGGAUGAACACUCCUGCCCCUUGGAGUUCUCCAGUUAUGGCUACCCACGCGAAGAAAUUGUCUAUCAAUGGAAGCGGAGUUCUGUUGAAGUUGGUGAUACUAGGUCUUGGAGACUUUAUCAAUUUUCCUUCGUUGGACUCAGAAAUACCACUGAAGUAGUGAAAACGACUUCUGGAGACUACGUGGUCAUGUCUGUCUACUUCGACCUGAGCAGAAGGAUGGGCUACUUCACCAUCCAGACCUACAUCCCCUGCACACUCAUUGUCGUCCUCUCCUGGGUGUCCUUCUGGAUCAAUAAGGACGCAGUGCCAGCCAGGACCUCCUUAGGAAUCACCACAGUCCUGACAAUGACCACCCUCAGCACCAUCGCCCGGAAGUCACUCCCCAAGGUGUCCUACGUCACCGCGAUGGAUCUCUUUGUGUCUGUCUGCUUCAUCUUUGUCUUCUCGGCCCUGGUGGAGUAUGGCACCCUGCAUUAUUUUGUCAGCAACCGGAAACCCAGCAAGGACAAAGACAAAAAGAAGAAAAACCCUCUUCUUCGGAUGUUUUCCUUCAAGGCGCCUACCAUUGAUAUCCGCCCGAGAUCAGCAACCAUCCAAAUGAACAAUGCCACUCACCUUCAAGAGAGAGAUGAAGAAUAUGGGUAUGAGUGUCUGGACGGCAAGGACUGUGCCAGUUUUUUUUGCUGCUUUGAAGACUGCCGGACAGGAGCCUGGAGACACGGCAGGAUACACAUCCGCAUUGCCAAAAUGGACUCUUAUGCACGGAUCUUCUUUCCCACGGCCUUCUGCUUGUUUAACCUGGUUUACUGGGUCUCCUACCUUUACCUGUGAGAAGGUGCAGGUCUCAGUGAUUGCGGUCUCACUCAGUCUUGGUGGAGAGUGGUGUCCUUUUAUGAGUCCACUUAAACAAUUCUGUGAUUUAUCAUCUGAAUUUGUUUCUCUGUUCUAAACGGUGAAUCAUACUGAUGUCAUAUACUGUUUGCGCCCAACUCUCCUGUGGUAAGCAUAAGUUGAAUUUCCAUGUUUGCUGUGUUUCAAACCUGCAAGGUGAGCUGGAAUUAAGAGCGAGAACAUUGAAACCCAACAGUAUUCUUUUCCCACUGCAGCUAAUGGAAAAGGGUGAAAGCUGUGACUAUUUAUAGUGGUGGUGUCCUUCCUCAGUUCUAAAUACAGUUACACGCAAAAGGUCCCCAGCUUGACCCACUGUUUGUGUGGAGUCAAGUCACGGUAAAUUGGAUCCCAAUAGGCCCUCUCCCUCAUCCGAGAAGAAUCAUGACUCACUUUAAAUAGCCUAGGAACUUCUACACCUCUGUCCCCAGAGAGGAAGAGUACUUCCUCUCCAUCACAUGUACAAUGGUGUAAAUAUUUCAGCAACGUAGAAUGCUUCAAGUUUAAUGCAUGCACCUCUUUAGAGCCGAAAUAAAUGACUGAAGUUAACAUCAUAAAGUAUUGUGUCCUAUUCUGUGUCUUUGGGCUACAAAAGAAUCACAAAUGUAAUUUCCAUGGGUUUGGGUUUGGAAUCAGAGUGAAAAGUUUUCUCCACCUUCUCUCUCUUGCAUGAAGAUGCAAAGAGCAUUC